AUGCCGCCGCCAGGCACCCAGGAUGAGCUGAACUUCACGUUCAACCUCCCUUUGACAAUUGAACUCCGCAGGCACGAUGCAGAUGAGGCGGAGCUCGCACAACGAGGGUGCCACGCUCCAGACCAGCAGCCGCCCAGCAAGAAGGGGCGUUCUGACGACGGCGCGUCCAGUGCGACACCAACGAUUCCUCAGUAUCGUGCGCUCUACGUUCCAGGCGGUGACGGCAUCAAAAUCAUGUACCCGAAGGUAUCCAGAGCGGAGCCAAUGAAGCAACCAGAAGCAGCAGCCAACGGAACCGACAAGGGGGUCGGGUCCAAUACGGGCAACGACGGAGGCGGUGCCGUCGCCACCAGUGCCGUUCCUAAGGGUGAUAUCAUUUGCUGGGACCCACCAUCGCCCCCGACCACGCCCAAGAUGCCAGCCGCAACCAUCCCUGCGACGGCCGAGGAGCUGGAGAAGACUGAUUCCCCAUCCGCCGCGGCUCAAGAAGGCCGCUCACCUAGCAAGCCCCUGCCCAUGCAUCUCGAGGAGCGCAGCAUCUUGGAGGAGAUCAACGGCCUGCGCCUCCAAAUUGGGGCAAUAGAUUCGCAGACGCAAUCUGGUGAGCCGUAUCCUGACUCGCAGCUGCCAGAUGCUGAGUCGCAGUUGCCAGCAGCGGAGGAGCCGACGCUGCCAGAUUAUGCGCCUCCUGCCGAGUGCGAUGCGUACGAGGCGGCAUCGCAGGUCGAGGGUCGCAGCAAGGAGGGCGUCAAGAGGGCGGCCAGGGCUACUCCAGCGGCGUCGUCCGGUUCGGCCGACACGACGGUAGAGACGAGCAGCUCCGACCUCAACCAGAUGAUGAAGGCGAUCCAGACCAACAGCGAGGUUGCAUCGCAGCUGGCGCCGGCGAUCCAGCAGCUCGUGCAGAAGGGGACCUGCGUGGACAGCUUCGGCGUCUACGAACGUACCUCCGCGCGGCUCGUGUUCGAGGACUCCGGCUGGACCGGCGUCUCCGCUGGAAGGAAGCAGCGGAAGCGGCGGAAGAAGCUCGUCCAGGACUGGCUUUUGGGGUCCGGCCGCAAACUGAUCUUGGAACUCUUUUCGGUCCCACGGGUCGCGGACAGUCUGAAAGGGCAGGGCUAUCCCGUUUCCAAGAGCCUGGAUUUACGGACCGGUUAUGAUCUCGGGUCUCCGUCAGGGGAACGUGCGAUGUGGAGUAUCAUAGAGCGAGAUCGGCCCGAGGUCAUAGUCAUGAGCCCUGAGUGUCUGGCCUUCUCCGUUGCCCGUCGUCCCAGUUGGCAUCGACUCAAGGGAACCGACCUCGCAGACCCCGAGACCGCCGGCCUCAAGUUCAUGUCCCUGUGCGUUAGAGUGGCCGAAUACCAGAUGGGUCGGGGCCGUGGUUUCCUUCUUGAGCACCCCGAGGGUGCCAGCUCCUGGGAAAUGGACUCGGUGCGGGAAAUCUUGAAUCGGCCGAGCGUCGUGUCGGGGGUUGCCGAUCUCUGCCAGUACGGUUUGUCCGUGAAGGGAGGAGAACCCAACAAGAAACCAACCAGGUUCAUGACCAACCGUGCGUCUAUUUUGCAGCCCCUCCUGCUCAGGUGCGACGGGAGUCAUCAGCAUCGUCAGCUCUGUGGCAGGGCCCUCACGCGAGCGGCCCAGAACUACCCCCCGGGACUCGUCCAGGCCAUGUGCGAGGGAAUCCUGGAGUCAGCUCGCAUCGUCGCCCUCGGGCACCGGGAGGAGACCCUGUGUGAGCUCAAGAAGUUGUUGACCGGUCGUUUCCGUUUCGGUAAAUGGCAGGUCGGUGAGGCCGAGUACGCAGGGAGAAGGAUCCGCCAGCAGUCUGAUGGGCGCAUUCUCGUCGACCAGGAAAAAUAUAUCCUGGAGCAGGUCCGUCCCAUGAGACUCGACAAGGAGCGUGUUAAAUGUCCCGAGGAGCUGCUCGAUGCAGGAGAGCUCCGAGACUAUCGCGGCCUGGUGGCGAAGAUUCUCUGGGCGGCCCGCCAGUCUCGUCCCGACGUGUCCGGGUCCGCCUCGAUGCUGAGCGCCGAAUGCCCACAGGUCAAGAUAGCCUCGGCUCUCAUGGCUAACAAGGUAGCUCGCCACCUCCGAUGUACGGCCAGCUCCUGUCUGACGAUUUGGCCCCUGGACCUGAGUGCCGUGACCAUGGUCACGUGCAGUGACGCGGGGGGCCCCGGGUCCGCUAAAAGAGACGGUGCUCAAGGAGGCUGGCUCGUGAUGCUAGGGGAUUCCAGGAUCAAGGGACAGUGGUUGUGGCUCGUUUUCCGGGAUGCCCUGUAUGGAGACGUGAGGGGGCCUGAAUGGUGGAACUCAGGGACGUUCUGCCCCUUUGCAGUCGCGCUCGUCGACGAGCGUGCCAUCGCCGAGGCUUCCGAGGGCGUCGCCAUAGUCGAUGCGAAGUCCCUCUUCGAUACGCUGUCCAAGAACUGCGGGGGUGCCAAGGCUGACCGCCGCAACGCCAUCGAGAUGGCGAUAGUCCGGGACUCGAUGACAGCCGAAGGGACAGUGGUGAG